CCAGUUCGGUGUUAGUCGCUAAUUGAGAUCCACCCGGGACACCAAGAGCGGGUCCAGAACUUCGAGAGCAUCCCAGAGACGAGAUCGUUCCGCGCAUUCCGAAUCAAUUUCGAUGGCCUGCUGAAAGAAUCUGCGCCUCAAGCUCAGCUGUGAUAUAAAUAGGAAUUGCAAGACAAAAAAAUUAUACAAACCCAAAAGUAGUACGUCUUAUUACGCCUGUGUUGCGGAGCAAAAAAAUGCAUUCCUUGGCAAUAGUCGGACUUUUGUGGUGUGGCCUGAUGGCUGUCAGCUGGGCGGCCACCACCCAACCUCCGCCAUUGAUUCGAACCCUCAGUGCCGGCGGAGACAUAGGACCUCAGUUUAAAUUAAAUCAGGACAGCGACAAACCCAAGGAACCAGAAGAUGCGGAAUUCUGGCAUAAAGUGGGUCUCAAGCAGCUGGAGAAGACGAUCAAGCAGGCCCAGCGAGUGAAGGAGAACUCCUACCAGAAAAAGGCCCGCAACAUCAUAAUCUUCAUCGGAGAUGGCAUGGGUAUAUCCACCAUCAGUGCUGGUCGCAUUUACAAGGGCCAGUACCUGAAGCAUGGAAUGGGCGAGGAGGAGACCUUGGUGUUUGACCAUUUCCCCAACACUGGAAUGGCAAAGACCUACAAUGUGGACAAGCAAGUACCGGAUUCAGCAGGAACCGCCACAGCUAUUUUCUCUGGAUCCAAGACCCAUUACGGUGCCAUCGGAAUGGAUGCCACGCGCUCCAAGAAGAAUGGUCAGCAAGGACGUGUCGAGAGCGUUAUGGAGUGGGCCCAAAAGGAGAAAAAGCGAACUGGAAUAGUUACCACCACUCGAAUUACCCAUGCCACGCCAGCUGCAACCUACGCCCACAUCUACGAUCGGGAUUGGGAGUGCGACACAGAGGUUCCCGCCGAGUCCGUGGGCAUUCAUGUGGAUAUUGCCCGACAACUGGUGGAGAACGAGCCAGGCAAUCGCUUCAACGUGAUCCUGGGUGGUGGAAUGUCUCCGAUGGGCAUCCUUAAUGCAUCCGAAGUGAAAACGACAGUUUUCGAGGGACCCACGGAAACAAUUUGCCGACGUGCGGACGGAAGGAGACUACCACAAGAGUGGUUGGCCCAUCACGCCAACGAUUCCGUUCCCCCGGCAUUGGUUCACAACCGACGGGACUUAUUGAACGUGGAUGCCAAAAAGGUGGACCAUCUGAUGGGUCUCUUCCGUAACAAUCACAUCACUUACUCCGUGGCCAGGGAAGUGGGAGAACCUUCCCUGCAAGAAAUGACAGAGGUGGCCUUGAAAGUCCUCGAAAGGGGUGAAGACUCUAAUGGAUAUGUGCUCCUGGUAGAAGGAGGCCGCAUAGAUCAGGGCCAUCACAUGAACUAUGCCCGGGCUGCUCUCCACGAACUCUACGAAUUUGAUCUGGCCAUCCAGGCGGCCGUGAAUGCCACCGAUCCAGACGAGACCCUCAUUCUGGUUACUGCCGACCACUCACACGCGGUCACAUUCAAUGGCUAUGCCCUCCGCGGUCAUGACAUCCUGGGAGCAGCCAAUUCUCAUGAGAAAAACGAUCCUAUGAUGUACGAAACCAUAUCCUAUGCCAAUGGUCCUGGCUAUUAUGACCACCUGGCCAAUGACUCGAGGCCCCAGAAUAGUUCCAAUAUGUGGAUGCCUCUGAAGCUUUUCACGGAAGAGGAGCGCGCUGCUCCCACCUACCGCCAUUUGGCUGCUGUUCCCCGCAAGGACGAAACUCAUGGCGGCGAGGAUGUUGCUGUGUUCGCCUAUGGUCCAGGCUCGAGCUUAAUCCGUGGAGUUUUCGAACAGAAUUAUCUUGCCUAUGUGAUGAGCUAUACUGGCUGCCUUGGCCCUGCCAAGGAUUUCGAUGAAACGUGUAAAAAUCACAAGGAUACCGAAGACAAGCGGGAAGCUAGUGCAGCUAAAAGCAGCGCCACUGUUGUACAAGUCACCCUGAUUCCCAGUUUGGUUGCUGUUAUUAUCGGGCAUCUGUUGUAAAUAUGGGUUUUAAUUAGUUUUACGGCUUAUGUAGUUGAAGAAGAGAUUUGUUGAAAUUUACCAAAUACACUCACUAAAAA